AUGAUAAUGGAUGCGUCCAAUCCUUCUUCUUCCGGCGCUUCGUCAUUCCUUGCAAAUCUCCCUUCUCGAGGCCACUUCUCUUCCACUAUCCUUUCGUCUAAUCCGGGUGGGAUUCGGGCCUAUGUAUGCGAUCAUGAUACCACGCCACCAGAAGGUCAGCAUAUUAAGACAAACCAACAAAACAUACUGAUUAGAUCACUCACCCUCAAGAAACAAAGGGGUGAUUCCAGCUCAAAGGAUGGAUCUGAUGGUUCAAGAAAGAGGAAUGCUGAAAAGGUUAUGGAAAGAUCUUCAGCCAAGAAAACAAAUAAUCAAAUAAAUUCCCGACAAGAGGGAUCAAACAGUCAAACAGCCACUAGGGACUUCCACAACCUGACUGUAGAGAGACUCCGUGCUCUUUUGAAGGCUAAAGGUCUUUCAACCAAGGGGAAGAAGGAGGAGCUUAUUACUCGGCUAAAAGAUGCAACUGGUUAA